AUGGCCUUUCUCCGGAGGCUUUUUGGUUUUCCGGAGAAGAAGAAGCUGCCGAGGAGGUAUGAGCACCUCAAGAGGGAUGUGGACCCCGAGGAGACCUGGCUGGUACUGGGUGAACUGGGUGACGGCGCCUUUGGCAAGGUCUUUAAGGCACGGAACAAGGUGACAGGAGCUUUGGCAGCUGCCAAGGUGAUCAACACCCCAAGCGAGGAGGAGCUGGAGGACUACAUAGUAGAGAUUGAGAUCUUGGCUUGCUGUGACCACCCCAACAUCACCAAGCUGCUGGAUGCUCUCUACUGGGAUGGGAAGCUCUGGAUCCUGGUGGAGUUUUGUCCUGGUGGGGCACUGGAUGCAGCGAUUUUAGAGCUGGAGAGAGGAUUGACUGAGGAGCAGAUCCGAGUGGCCUGUAAGCAGCUCCUGCUGGCCCUGCAGUACCUGCACAGCUCCAAGAUCAUCCACAGGGAUGUGAAGGCUGGGAAUGUCCUGCUCACCCUCGAUGGGCACAUCAAGCUGGCUGAUUUUGGUGUCUCAGCCAAAAAUUCCAGCACUGUCCAGCGCCGAGCGUCUUUCAUCGGCACUCCGUACUGGAUGGCCCCGGAGGUGGUGCAGUGUGAGACGUCCAAGGAGAGUCCCUAUGGCUACAAGGCUGAUAUCUGGUCCCUGGGCAUCACCCUGAUCGAGAUGGCUGAGAUGGAGCCACCCUACCAUGAGCUGAACCCCCUCCGGGUGCUGCUGAAGAUCACCAAGUCCUCUCCACCCACCCUGCGUCACCCCAAGAGGUGGUCUGAAGACUUCAAGGACUUCCUGAGGAAAUCCUUGGAGAAGAGCCCGGAGGAGCGGUGGUCGGCCAGCCAGCUCCUGCAGCACCCCUUCGUGGUGGGAAUCUCCGACACGCGGCCGCUCCGGGACCUGGUGGCCGAAGCCAGGGCUGAUGUGCUGGAGGAAGAGAAUGAAGAGGAAGGUCCAAUCCCUUCGCCUGGGCAGGAGCAUGGAGAGUCCUCUUGCACCCCAACUCCGGCAGAUCCUCUGGAACAUCAGCCCUUGGAUGCCAUGGGAGGAGCUGACAAGGACAUUCCACCCGACGUCUGCGUGGUGGCAGAGCCCAAGGCCAAGAAAGCAUCUGACUUCUUGAAGCAGAUGAGGAGGAGGUCCAUGCCUGAGCCCGUGGGCUCCGUGAGGAUCCCUGCGAAGAGACCAUCUGAGCUCCUCAAGCUGAGGCAUCGCAGGUCGUUUUUUGGAGGGAUGAAAUCCCAGGAAAUGGCUAAGGAGCAGCAUGGGGCAGAGCCCAGUGGGCUGGAGACUAGAACACUGGAUCCUCCUCAAGGCACAUCAGUCCCAGCAGGAGAAGAAGUUCAGAAGUGCCAGGAGGAGGAGACCAACCUUGUGGGAACCCCCAGCAAUGUGGCUGAGCUCCCCUCAGGGCCCCAGUGGGCAGGAGACCUUGAGGAACUGCAGGAGCUGAAGGCAGAGCAGGUUGGGCCCAAGACAGAGCCCCAGGAGGAAAUCCAGAGUGAUGACACAUCACAAGUGGCCGAAACACCCACCCAUGGACAGCUUGCAGCCCAAACCAGGCCUGCUGUGACCCCCAAAGGUGGUACAGGGGAGUCUAGCAGAGACCCUACUUGGGAUGGGGACAGGCACAGAGGCUCAGCCAUGGGGCAGCUGGUGACAUCCCUGGACCUGGGGACCACAGGGACCAAACCCCAGUUGCAGGCAGAGCAUCAGCACCAGGUUACUCAGUCAUUGCUGGAGUUGGACGUUGACAUUGGCUCUGCUGGGGUUGAGGUUGGCCUUGGGAAGGAUGGAGAUGGAGCAGGGAGGGCACCCAUGGGACUAAGGUGUGCUGGGGAGACUGAGCUGGUGGAGGAGAAGGUGCUACAGGGUGAGGAAUCACUGAUCUCUGUGAUGGAGGAGGUUUUGGUGGGGUCAGAUGUUCUCAAGGGGUUGCAGGAGCCCCUGGAUGGUCUGGGAGAGCCUGGAGAGAGGAACGACGAGGAGAGGAACUCACUUGUGUCCGAGCCCAUUGCUGAUCCCCUGGACCUAGUGGAGAGGAGUGAGGAGGAAGCCACAAACAACGAUGAGACUGGGGUCAAAACUUCACCCAGGGAAGUCCUGGUGCCAGCAGAAGAGAAAUUGGGAGAGGAUCUUCCACAGGAAUCUGCCUCACUCCAGAGGAGGGUCAGGAAAAACCCCCAGAUUGGGGAGGAUGGAGAGGAGGUGAAGGUGAGGACAGGCAAGGCCACGACGAGGACCGCGAUGGUGCGCUCGGCCCGGCGCCAGGAGCUCCACGAGCUGCGGGUGCUGCAGAAGGAAGAGCAGCGAGCUCAGAGUCAGCUGCAGCACAAGUUCCACCAGCAACGGGAGCAGAUGUUCCGGCACAUCGAGCAGGAGAUGACGAGCAAGAAGGAGUUUUACGCCCGGGAGGUGGAGAGCUCGGAGCGGCGCUAUCGGCAGCUGAAGGAGAGGCAGGAGAACAAGUACACAGUGAGGCUACGCGAGGAGGCCAAACGCCUCAAGUCCCUCCAGGAGAAGGAUGGGGAGAGGAGGAUGCAAGAGCUGAAGGGUGAUGGGAGAGAGGAGCAGCGAUUCCUGCAGCAGCAGCAGGAGGAACUCAACGCAGCACUGCAGAGGAUCGUCCAGGAGCACAAGAAGAAGAUGAUGUCCAUCGACUGGGAGUGCAUCAGCAAGAUCCACAGCCUCAGGAGAGCUCGGGAGUCUGUGGUGUGGAGCAUGGAGCAAGGGCACCUGCAGGAGAAGUACCAACUCUUCAGGCAGCAGGUGAAGGAGCAGCACACGCUGCAGCGGCAGCAGCUCCGCAAGCGCCACGAGAAGGAGAUGGAGAGGAUGAAUCGCUUCCACCAGCUCUUGCUGGAGGAGCUGAGGAACCAGCAGGAGCAGGCCAGGGCUCAGCUGCUGAAAACCCAACGCUGCGACGCCAAGACACGCCUGGCCCUCUUCAAGGACAACCUGAAGAUCCAGCAGACAAACGGGGCCAAGCAGAGAGAGAGGGCCAAGGAGUUUGCGCAGCAGGAGGAGAGACGACAGCGCUGGGAGCUGCAGCAGCAGCACGAGCAGCAGGAGCAGGAGCUGCAGCACCUGCAGCAGCAACAGGCUGAGAACCUGGCAGAGCUGGAGCAGAUGCAGAUGCUGGAGGAGGAACUGGGCAACUCCCUGCAGGAGUUGCACAGCCCUCGAGGCAACACCAGGAUCACCCGACCCUUCCACCUCUCCUCCUGA